GGGAAGAGUUCAACAGGCUGACCUCUGUGCACAUGUGAGCUUUGCAUCAUAUUUUUUUCAGGCGUGUUUAAGUGUUCGGAAUCGGUGCUGGAUUUUCAAUAUUCCGACAUAAAUAGGACACAAGGCAAAAAAGUUCAAUCAUGACUUCAUUGGCUUCUCAGCUGAAGAAACUUGCCUUACCCCAGACGCAGCAGAGUCAGUUGUCUAGAGACAGAGAAAAGGCAUCUUUGUUGUUUGAUCCUAAAGAAGCAUCAAGUUUAGACAGAGAAACUUUUUAUGCAUUAGGGGUAAAUGGUCUAGAAGAAUUGAUAGGAAUUGAUCCUUCAUUCCAAGAUUACGAAGUCACGUUAUUCGACGAAGCAUCAAAAUCUCUGGAGAGAUCCAUCCAAUCGGUUGAAAUAAACCAAAAACUGAACAAAAAGAUAUCUGAAUUCUUGUUGAGAUUGUCACCGUAUUUUCUGUUGAAGCCAGCACAGAAGACAUUGGAGUGGUUGAUACAUAGAUUUUAUAUACACCAGUAUAAUGUCGAUGAUUUGUUAAUGUGCGUCCUGCCGUAUCAUGAGACUAUGAUAUUUGUACGAGUUAUACAGCUAUUAAAAGUAGCGGAUCCCACACAUAAAUGGCAUUGGCUUCAUCCAAUACAGAAACCCGGGGUAGCCCUUGCAAGAUCAACUUUACUAAAUCACUGCUACAAAGAUGCUGGAUUUCUACAUUUUAUUUGUGAAAUGGUUCCCAAGUCUAUCAAGGCACAUGGUGUAACGUCGUCAAGUACAGCAUCUCUACGAGUUCUAUUUUCAUUUUACACCUCCACCGUAAUUGGUAUGAUAGAAUACUGCAAUACAGUUACCGAGAUAUUGCUGUCGAACCUGAUACCGUACAUCCUAAAAGGAUUGAAAUCGACGUACUCUGACUACAAAGCGGCAUCGUACAUGAUAAUUUGUCAAUUGGUGACAAAAACUACACUGAAAAUGAACUUUCUUGAUCCAUUUAUCAAGUCUGUAUGCAAGCAUACGAGUGGUGAUCUAGCUGCCGAGGCUGUCAUGUGUAUUGUCGUAAUCUGCCAAACACAGAAGAUUGAAAAACUGCCAAAAAAGGCUGUUAAAAGUUUAUCAAAAUUGGAUGGCAUAAUACAGAUAUUAGAGCAGUUGUCGUUAUCAACAAAUAUAAGACCAUUCAUGGAAGUAUUUCUACAAAGAAUUGUAACAAAUACUUUUGCUGAAGGCGUUGCUAUGGCAACAAGUAGUGAGGGUGAAAAUGAUUUUUCAGCUGGUCCUGUUUAUAGUACUUUACUUGAGAAUGUCAUCCAUGAUGUUGCCAUGACAACAGAGACCGUUGAUAUAUUAGCAAGGUUAUUGAUUCAGGAGUUCUUGGAGUUCUCACUUGAUGAAGACAAACGAUAUUCAACAGAAAAUGUACAGGUUAUAAAGGAAAAAAUCCAUCCGAUUAUACAAGCAUUGGAACAAAAGUACCCAGUUUCAGUUGAUAAAGCUUUGGAAAAUAUGUUAAAAGAAAUUGAGAGCCAAAAAGAAAAAGACAUACUGCAGGAGUUCAUAUCCAUGACAGUUUCAAGAUCCAAAUAUCAGGUUGUUGAUGAAUCACAGACUUCACUCUUAUUGAGUUUAAAUCAUCCUAGUGGCAGGAUUAGACACUCUGCUGUCAAGUAUCUGCUGACUAAGAUACAGACUGGUGAAUUGGAUGAAUUCUAUCAAGAGUCUUUGCUUCAGAGGCUUUCCGAUGAUGACCCCACUGUAGUGAAAGCAGUAUUAGAUUUAGAUGAGAAAUUGGUUGAUGUGUUGCCAGGCGACAAGCUAUAUGUGGCUCUAUGUGGAUUAUUGAGUGUUUGGAGUACUCAUUCAAAUGAAUCUUGGUGGAGUAUUGAACAUUGUGUCCUAAGUAUUCUCUGUAGUCAGAAUUUUUUUAACAAGAUGGCCGCCAAGAUAGAUGACUGUGCAUUGGCUGUACUGCCAUAUCUUUAUCUAGUGAGAAGUAAAGAACCACUGAAAGAGAAACAAAUAGCUCUAACUAUAGCAACAUCUGCAUUGUCUAAAAAACACAAAGUAUUGGCUAACCUCAGUGAAAGUUACGUUGCACUCACUGCCAAAUCCAACAAGGAUACAGUAGCUGAAGUGAAUGAACGCACGGUUACAAAGAUUACUGAAAAUAUGUUGAAAAUGAAAGAAAGUGAUGUCCUGAAAAUGAUACACUUGCUGUCAGAUCAAGUGACAGACCACAGUACAAAUCUAAGAGUUAAAAUGGUGGCUAAAUUCAUUCUGGCAAGUUUAGUUGCCAUGUCAACAAACAUUCGAUUGCAGCUUUCUAUUGCUACCACCCUGUUGUCAGCUUUAGGAGAUGAUGUCAAUAGAAUAAUCGAUGUUGUGCCAAAGAAUAUGGAUGAAGAUGAUCUGGAUACCAUGGAAACUGAAAUGCUGACUGCUGAUACAUCACACAUCCACUGUAAAGCCUUAAAAGUCUUGUCUAAAAAGAAAAACCGAAUGGUUAAGUGUCCCGAGUUUGCGGAUACUGUGUUUUGGUUGUUGGAUAGCAUAGUGAUGAAUAUUCCCUUGCAGACAUUGUUGAAAGGAUCACAUUGGUUGAAUUGUGAUAAAAAACCAGACAGCCAGGAUACAGAAUAUAUCAAAUUGUUGUUAAAACUUUUUGAAUAUUUUACUGCUGGGUCAGCUGACAGCAAAUCAGCCAAUCACGUUGCUGCAUUUAGGAAUCUAUUGAAGAAACUGAUUGAGCAUCAUUUAAAGGAAAGAUCUAAACUUUGGAUGUUUUUGUCCGUUAUGUGGACCAGCCAUUUUGAAGAGUUCCCUCUAGUGCCAGCAGUUGUUCAAAUGCGUGCACUUCAUAUUGCCAAUACCAGUUUCUCUCAUCUAGCUGAUGAGGACAUGCAGGAUCUGUUUAGAAAAGACUCCUUAGUGAUACCAUCUUUGCUGGUGGUUCUUUCCUGUUCAAUUCAACCAAUCAGAGCCGCUGGUGUUUUGUGUUUGAAGACCAUUGCUAAAUCAUGUAGUGAUGUCAGUUCUGUGUACCAGUCACUAAUCACUACCCUAAUCUCUCACACUGAAGAGAUUACAGCUGAUCCUAAUCACAUUAAACAGACGUUAGAGAUUCUUUUUGCCAAUGUUAUCAUAGUUACAAAGUCAGUAAGCCCAAAGAAGAAAUCUACCAAACAGGAUAGUGACAUUAGGAUGUUGUUAUCUUGCUUGUUGGACAUCGUUGUUAGCACUGAUGUGCCAUAUCACGUUCAACAAAAUCUUUUGGCUGUCUUAUCUAACGUCAAUAAUAAGAUGAUGCUGUUUAAAUUAUUACCAAUGCUGGAGAAUAAAUUGGAGAAGAUGAAACAGAAUAAUUUGUCCAAAGCGGAGUGCUUAACUGUACAAUGGAUUAUACGUCAGUAUACAAACGUUGUCACCGAGGUCUUAGAAGAUGACUCCCUGGCAUUGGAUCUAUUCAUGAAAUGCUUAAAUCUACAUGAGCGCCUUCACAACACGGUAGCAUCACCACAAGAGCUAGUGCUUCAACAGAUAACCAAAGAGUUUUAUUCCAGUAUCCCAUCAUCCUCAGUUCAGCAAAGUAUACUCUGUCUAUUAUUUGACCUCCAUGUUGACAGUACAAGUUCACAGACAGCUACACUGAUCAGUAAGACUUUAAAAGGAUUACGACUUGACGCUGAACAGAUAAUCAUUGAACUGAACAAAGUCAACAAAUGCACUGGAGCAGCCACUGUCAAACAAGCAAAGCGAGUUAAAAGGCAAGAGAAGGCAACAGAUGAUGGUGAUAAUGUCUUUGAGAGCAGAGAAUGGAUGCGAAUUACUCUGAUUUGUGAAUUUUUACAACACAAAAAGAAAAUCAACAAUUCUCAGCUUCUUGUUCCUGUUCUGUUUAACCUUCUGUCACAGUGCUUUGAAGCUGAGACAGCUGACCAGAUUUCUACGGAAUAUAUUAAACAGUUAAUACUGAGUUCUAUACUCAAUAUUUGUAAUAAACUUUCACCGGACAACAAACCGUUGCCCUCAGAUGUACUGACUGAAGAGCAGUUUAAAGUUGAGUUGAUAAUUCAGUGCAUACGAGUCUCGGACAAUCCACAAACGCAUCACCAUGCCAUGUUGCUAUUGGCAACUGCUGCUGGUAUAUUUCCUGAACAUGUACUUCAUAACAUCAUGUCAAUCUUUACGUUUAUGGGAACUAAUCUACUACGGCAAGAUGAUUCUUACAGUUCUCAAGUAAUCAAUAAAAUUGUUGAAACGGUAAUACCUGUCUUGAUUAAGGCAAGUGAGGAAGAAAUCCUAAAAGAAAAACUUGGAGGAGGGAUAGAUGAGAUUGUUGCCAUGGUGAUCCAGGUAUUCGUUGAUGCAUUGCCACACAUUCCUGCUCAUCGUAAACAGCCGGUGUUUCAUCAACUGAUUGGUACGCUUGGAGGAGACAGAUUUUUGUGGAUGACUGUCGUACUGUUGUUGGUAUGCCAUGUAGACACAUCUACACAGAAGGAUGACGUGGUUGAUAAGGGUAUCACUGGUUUGAAUACAGAUAUUGAAUUCUGUCUGUCAAUCUGUAAUAACUGUGCACCCCAUGUGCAAGUCAAUAAUAUGAUUAAAAUAUUGAAAUAUCUUGGCACAUUGCCAGAAGACAAAGAAGAAUCUGCAACCCCUCACAAGAGAAUCAUAGGAACAAGACGGAAAUCACAACUUAAGAAAACUCAUCAAUUAUUUGAUGUUGAGAAACAUACAGCUAAACAAUUAAGACAGUUCAAAUAUACUGUGGUUAAUUUCAUCCCCCAUUUAAUAUCUAGUUCUACUUACAUUAGUCAGGUUGCAGCUUUGUCAGUAGAGGAAACAAACACUAUGAAAACACUAUAUCAAAGUCUAUUAGAAGAAAACCUACGAUACAUUGCAUGUAUAGCCAGAUUGCUGGAGAAAAACCAUGACAAACCCACUGUGAAAUUCUGGAGAGCUUUGUUACAUAAAGCCUAUGAUGUAUUGGACAAGAUAAAUGCAUUACUACCAACACAUAUAUUCAUCAAUGUGGUAUCUGGUCUCAUGCAUAAUGACAUCGCUGCCGUACGACGUAAAGCUAUGGAGUUAUUAAAUAACAAACUAACGCAACAUAAAGAACCGUUCAAUGAACAACAGGUGUCACUUUUACUUGCGCUUGUUCCAGAACUUGUAUCAGUAACCAAGGCAACCAAAAUAGUCGGUGGUGGUUUGUCAGAACUUGAUGUCAACCGACAGACCGCCCUCUAUAGUCUCAAGUUAUUGUGUAAAGUGUUGGGUUGUGAUAAUCCGCAACACUUUACUCCAGUAAUGGAUAUCGUCACUAAAGUGUUCUCAACAAAAGACAUCAACUCCCAGGUUGCUGCUAGUGCACUGCUAUGCUUGGCUGAGCUGUGUUCCAGUCUGAAAGCCCAUUGUAUUCCUUAUUUGAACAAAUUUAUGCCUUCAUUGGUAACAAUUCUUGAUAAUAAGGACCAUCUAAAAAGUCAUGAUUUGCUAUUACUGAGUGCAGUUACUGCGUUACAUAAAGUUGUGGAUAAUCUGACUCACUUCCUGAGCCCCUAUCUGUUGGAUAUUUUGACAAAGGUGUCUGCUCUGUUUGCGCUGGAUAAAGACGAGAAAUCCCAACUAACGAUGAGACUUAAAGCAAUUCAUCAGAAGUUAUCUUCCACUGUGUCUCCAAGAGUUCUUCUACCUGUCAUAACACAAUGUUAUCACCAUGUCGUAGACGAACAUGAGCUUUCAAUUAUACCUUUGAUGUCAGUCCUUGGGGAUAGUAUUUCAAGUAUGUCUAAAGAAGAUAUGACUGCUCAUCAGACGUCUCUACUCAAUCUAUUCCUGUCUGUAUUCGAUUACAGAGCAUCUCAUCCUCAGGUAUCUAUGGUUACCAUUGAAGAAAUUGAAAGAAGUUCCAUAAAUGCUUUCUUGUCAUUGGUUAUGAAGUCAUCUGAAGCAACAUUCAAACCAAUAUUUUUCAAGCUCUAUGAUUGGGCUACACAGACUGGAGCUCAUAAAGAGAGGUUAUUGACUUUUUACCGUCUAUCUGAUAACAUAGCUGAAAAGCUAAAGGGAUUAUUUACUCUCUUUGCUGGACAUAUUGUAAAAAACUGUGCUACUUUGUUGAAUGACAACAAUUCUUCAAAAACAGAUUUAAAGUUUUUUGAGAUCGAUGGGGAUGAAGAUGAAGAAGCCCAGAGUGUAGAUGAGAAAUCUACUUUGUUGCUACAAUACAUCAUUGGUUGUCUUCAUAAGUGUUUUCUGUAUGAUACAGAAGGAUUUCUGAAUCGGGAGAGAUUUGAAUGUUUGAUGCAACCAAUAGUAGAUCAGAUUGAUAACCUACAAGGCGGUAUUGAAGUCUACAAAGAAAGAAUGACAUCAUAUCUUACACCAUGUAUUGGUCAGCUGCUUGUUGCUGCUGGUGAUGAUUCGUCAUGGAAACCGCUUAAUUAUCAAGUUUUGUUGAAGAUGAGAAGUGAUUCUGCAAAGGUCCGCUUUGCUGCACUUACAGUGUUACAAGAAAUUCAUAGUAAACUUGGUGAAGAUUUUCAGAUUCUGAUUCCAGAAGCUAUUCCAUUCUUGGCUGAACUAUUAGAAGAUGAAUCAGAAGAAGUUGAAAAACAGUGCCAUCAAGUUAUAGAAGAGAUUGAGAAAACAUUUGGGGAGUCGUUACAAAAAUAUUUUUAAUGACAGAUUGAAAAUUAUAUAACUUUUUAUAACUUUUUUUUUGAUUUCUUGUUGAAAUGUAUUCAAAGAAGUACAUUGGCUAAGCAUUGUUAUACAAGUUUCCAUAAAAAUCAUGUCAGAAGGUGGCC